UCUUCAUCCUUUGGCUCGUGAGGGGCUUGUGGGGUGUGGAAACUAGUUGUCUCUUUAAGAAAGUUUGCGCUCAUUAAAGAGCUACGGCAGGAGGCACACCAAACCGUCGCGAGAACAGUAACAACCAGCAACUUCUCGCGAUGUUUGGCCCCGCGAAAGGUGGCCAUUUUGGAGCCCACCCGGCGGCUGGUUUUCCCGGCGGCGUUUCCCACCCUGCUGCCGGGACCAAAACUGGCCCUGCGGGUGCCUGGCCUGUGGGCUGCCGGACCGACACGAUGUGGCGGCUCCGCUGCAAGGCCAAGGAUGGUACCCAUGUUUUGCAGGGGCUGUCCAAUCGGACAAGGGUGCGGGAACUCCAGUGCCAAAUUGCCGCCAUCACCGGGAUCGCCCCCGGCGGUCAGCGAAUCCUGGUUGGAUUUCCGCCCGAGUGCCUGGAUCUCAGCGAUGGGGAUACCGUUCUAGAGGACUUGCCCAUCCAAUCAGGUGACAUGCUGAUUGUUGAAGAAGACCAAACCAAGCCCAAAACUUCAACUGCAUUUACAAUACAUGGUGCUCCUAGUUACGUCAGGGAUGCUGUGCCUGUGCUUAGCAGAACUGUGGUCCCAGCAGACAACUCUUGCCUCUUUACCAGUGUGUACUAUGUCGUUGAAGGAGGAGUCUUGAAUCCAGCUUGUGCCCCUGAGAUGAGACGCCUCAUAGCACAAAUUGUAGCAAGUGAUACAGACUUCUACAGUGAGGCAAUACUGGGAAAAACAAAUCAGGAGUACUGUGACUGGAUCAAAAGGGAUGAUACUUGGGGAGGAGCAAUUGAGAUAUCAAUUUUGUCUAAGUUUUAUCAAUGCGAAAUAUGUGUAGUGGAUACACAGACAGUAAGAAUUGAUCGUUUUGGGGAAGAUGCAGGAUAUACCAAAAGGGUCCUGCUUAUUUAUGACGGUAUCCAUUAUGAUCCGCUUCAGCGUAACUUCCCUGAUCCAGAUACACCUCCUCUGACCAUUUUCUCCUCUAACGAUGAUAUUGUUCUUGUACAAGCACUGGAAUUAGCAGAUGAAGCUAGAAGAAGGAGACAGUUUACUGAUGUAAACCGCUUCACCCUAAGAUGCAUGAUAUGUCAGAAGGGAUUAAUUGGACAAGCAGAAGCAAGGGAACAUGCCAAGGAGACAGGCCAUACCAACUUUGGAGAAGUGUGAUCUUGACACAAAUGAGGGUUGAAGCCAGCUACCUCACAGAUCCAGAAGGCUCUGGGUUUUCUAAUAAGCUAUUCGUAACCUUAAAGAACAAAAAGACGCAAUGCUUGAAACAUCCUUUUAACUUAAAACCACUAAGACACUAAAAUUCCUUGUUAAGAUUAAAAUUAGUGUGCAAGUUUACAGAUUUGUGUCUACGGUGGUGAUACAUGCCCUCUUUCUGCUGGAGUGACAGUGGGACCACCUACUGACACUGACCUGAAAAUUGAGUUUUAGUAUUACAAACUAGCACCCAGCAGCUUUAACAUGUAGAAGAAAACAGCACCAGAUUUGGGGUAAUGUGGACAGUCUCGUGUGAGGCCCCUGGACAUAUGCCACAGUAUCUCCAAUAAUUGAGUUCUUUCAAUAACUCCGAGUGAGUUAAUGGUUAAAUUAUGAAUUGAUUCAUCAAAUGAAGAUACUCAAAAUUGUCAAAACUGAUUUUAUAUUGCAAUUUGGUAGACUUUAUAAAUGUGUACUUAACCACUUAUAAGUACAUAACAAGCAACUUUUACAGGGAUGAGUCUCUUCCUUGAGAAUGUUAUCUAAAAAUAGGAACUGGUAGUUCCCUGUUUAAGAUUUCUUGUGUAUAAAAGUAGAAUGUAUGAGGGAAAAGGUGCCUGAGCAGCUUACUGAAGCUUUAAAAGACUGUUGGCCUCGUGUUUUAAUGCAGUUCAUACAUUGGUCUUUGUGACAUGGGAUAAAAUUUUUAAAUUGAGCAGGGUAUUUUUUAUUUGAAAUUCCUUGAAAUUUGAGUGCUCAACCUUUGUCUUAUUAAGUUUGCCUGGAGGGAUUUAAUUUUCUCAACUUUUUGUUAAGAGCACGUCCUCCAAAAAAAUCAUCUAAAAUUAUAAACAUGUUCUACUUUGGUUUGGUUUUUGUAAGAUCUUUUGCGUAUGUAAAAAGCAUUUUUCUGCUAACCUUAUCCCUCCACUAAUUUUUUUAAUAAUUCCACAUUUCUGCAAAUUAGCACUUUGCUUAUCUGCAAUCUUUGACUUUUGAAGAGUUUUAAAGUAAUUAGGAUUAUAUUGAGUGAAUUUGUUUCACUUCCAAAAUAUGAAAGUUUUUAAAUUCUUGCCUUAUUCAGCUUUCUCAGAAUUCUGCUUCUUCCUAUUACUAGAUGUGUAGCCAUUUGCUUGGUGGUCUGAUCCACAAGGCACACCCUCUAAAACUUAGCUUCACUACAAGAUCUUCCAGAUAAAGUUUUCUACCUCUUUUCUUAAUUCUUCUGAAGAUCAGGGAUGCUAAAUUAUAAUUUGUUAUGUAUUAUCUCACAUAAUGUGAAGAGGCUUAAUGUCAUGAAGUUUUGUUAUCUUGGUCUCUCUUUUUUUUUUUUUUUUUUUUUUGAUUAAGUAUCUCACUUAGAAAACGAAUGGUCUACUUCAAAGCACUUACUUGUCUUCCGGCGUAUCUUCCUGACAAAUAUUUUAAAAGUGAGAUUUACUUUAACACUUUCACUUGGUGAAGGUGGCCAUGUAAAAUUAGGAACAUGUGAACAAUUUAGGUGAAAAGUACAUUUAAGGAACAAUUCACAAAGUAUGCUUGAAAUCAUCAGAUGACAUUUCUUGAGUAUUUUGUGUGCAUAGCUGUUUUAGACAUUUUAAGCUAUUGUGGUCAGUAUAACUUAAAAGUGUUUAAUUUUCUAUUUUACUGAGCCUUAAAAGUAGCGCUUGAGAGCUUAGGAUACUUAAUGUUUGGCAAUCAUGACAUGUACAAAUGAAUAUGAUGGAAAAACUCUUUAUACCUGACUCAUAUGGUGUAAAUGGGUUUUGUACACCUCUUAUUUCCCCCAGAGAGAAUUACAACUAUAAAUGAAGAAUACAUUAUUAACUAUAUCAAAUUGAGCUUUAUUCAUCAUUCAUAAAGCUCGCAAAGCUUGCCUGCCCUUUGUGCUACUUCAGGAGCCAAAUUUGACAUUUGCUUACUGGAAUUUUAAAUCCAGAAGUUUAUUCACACAACACAUAUUUAUUGAGUAAUUUAUAAUGUGCCAGGCAUGUUUUGAUAUGUUCCCCACGACUUGAAUAUAUAUUAUCUGCAGUGGAUUAAUUUAGCAAGUGGAAAGAAAUACAAAACUGCUGUUUUCCAAAAUUAAACCCCUUCAUUUUAAGUGUUUUGUUUACAUAGUGUCAGGUAUUUAAGCAGGGGAUCUUAUUCUUUUUUAUCCAUUAUCUAGGUUAUCAUUUGUCAGUUGACUUCUGUUGAAAUUUAGCACUGAUUACUUUAAGGUAGUGUUAUGAUCAUGGAAAAUAAAAAAUGAAAUUUUAUUUGCAGGACCCCCCCCCACUUGAUUUAAUUAUUAAAAAUUAAAAACCUAAACUGUCCUUUCUAAAUUCAAGCUUGUAUGCCUCACAGAACUUACAGGGUUUUUUAGCUGCACUGAUUAAACUCUUGAAAUUAGUUAUUAAUGUAAGUAAAUUCUCAUCUUGAGAAUUUUGAAAAUUUAUGGAGUUAGAACUUGCAGAACUAUUAAAAGAAACUUUGUCUUCCAUUUUUACUGGAGCAGAAUGAACCCCUUCUUAUUCAUUCAGUUUUUGCCUGUCA